AGUCUAAGAAACAAAGAAUGGAAGAUGAAGGUCGAAAAACGAUUAUUGUUGGAAUUUGUGCCAUGUCUAAAAAAUCAAUGUCCAAGCCAAUGAAGGAAAUAUUACUUCGUCUUGAACGCUUUGAGUACAUUGUAACUAAUAUUUUCAGUGAAGAUGUUAUACUGAACAAAGCAGUGGAAGACUGGCCUUUGUGUGACUGCUUAGUAUCAUUUUUCUCACAGGGAUUUCCUUUACAAAAAGCUGUACAAUAUGCUGAACUCAGGAAACCUUUUGUUAUAAAUGAUCUUCAUAAGCAGUUUGAUUUAUUAGAUAGGAGGUAUGUGUAUAGGGUGCUCAAAGAAGAAGGAAUUGGGUUACCUACAUAUGCUGUUUUGGAUAGAGAUUCAAACAAUCCUAAUGAGUGUGAAUUAAUAGAGACAGACGAUUCUGUUGAAGUUAAUGGACAGAUAUUCCACAAACCAUUUGUUGAGAAACCUGUUUCCGCCGAAGAUCAUAAUAUUUACAUUUACUAUCCUAUAUCAGCAGGUGGAGGUAGUCAACGUUUAUUUAGAAAAAUUGGUAGUCGUAGUAGUGUAUAUUCACCAGAGAGUAAAGUAAGAAAGAAAGGUUCUUAUAUUUAUGAAGAGUUUAUGCCAACAGAUGGCACAGAUGUAAAGGUUUACACAGUGGGUCCAGACUAUGCCCAUGCUGAAGCCAGGAAAUCACCAGCAUUAGAUGGUAAAGUUGAAAGAGACAGUGAAGGAAAAGAAGUACGCUAUCCAGUUAUACUUACCAAUCUAGAAAAGUUGAUUGCAAGAAAAGUAUCUCUUGCAUUUAGUCAAACUGUUUGUGGUUUUGAUUUACUGCGUGCCCAUGGUAGAUCAUAUGUCUGUGAUGUCAAUGGAUUCAGUUUUGUAAAGAAUUCUAGCAAGUAUUAUGAUGACUGUGCUAAGAUACUUGGGAAUGUUAUAAUGCGAGAGUUAGCCCAAAGCUAUGAUAUUCCAUGGAAUAUUCCCAUCGAAGAAGAGGAAGCUUCAUAUGUGCCGACAACAUCUGGAACUAUGAUGGAGUUACGCUGCGUAAUCGGUGUCAUGCGUCAUGGAGACAGAACACCUAAACAGAAAAUGAAAAUGGAAGUCAAGCACCAAAAGUUCUUUGAACUAUUUUCAAAGUAUAGUGGUUACAAGUAUGGUAAAAUUAAAUUGAAGCGACCAACACAGUUACAGGAAGUACUUGAUGUAGCCAGGUUUCUACUGGCAGAACUGAAAACCAACCCUGAUGAAACAGAGAUAGAGGAGAAAAAGAAAAACUUGGAACAGCUGAAAACUGUUUUAGAAAUGUAUGGUCAUUUCUCUGGUAUAAAUCGCAAGGUGCAAUUGAAAUACAAACCUAAUGGACGUUGCAAGCUUUCCAGUAGUGAAGAUGAAGGCAAGAAGCCAGAGCCUUCAUUGUUAUUAAUAUUGAAAUGGGGCGGUGAGUUAACUCCUGCUGGCAGAGUUCAAGCUGAAGAAUUAGGAAGAGCAUUUAGAUGUAUAUACCCUGGAGGCCAAGGUGAAUAUGCUGGUUUUCCUGGUUGUGGUUUGCUACGUCUCCAUAGUACUUACAGACAUGAUUUAAAAAUUUAUGCGUCAGAUGAAGGCAGAGUACAAAUGACGGCUGCUGCGUUUACCAAGGGCAUGUUAGCUUUGGAAGGUGAAUUGACACCAAUAUUGGUUCAAAUGGUCAAGAGUGCACAUACUAAUGGGCUGUUAGAUUUUGACAAAGACUCCUCAUCGCAGCAAUCCAAAAUUAAAGAAAGACUCUACGAGAUGAUGGGUAAAACCAGUAACUUCACUGAUGAAGACAUUAAUAAGCUUGCACCAACAAAUGCCAAGUCACUAAUAGAUUCCUUGAAAUUGGUUGGUAACCCAUCAAAUAAAUGCGAAGAAGUGUAUAAAGGCAUUAAAAGUCUGAUUAACCAAAUCCAAGAUAGGAAACAAGAUCCGAAGUAUAAAGAUACCAUUUUGUACCAUAAUGAGAGUCUAGAACUGAUGUUGAAAAGGUGGAUGAAAUUAGAAAGAGAUUUUAAAAGCAAGAAUGGUGAGUUUGACAUCACGAAGAUUCCUGACAUUUACGACUGUAUCAAGUAUGACUGCCUUCAUAAUAACACUCUAAAUCUCAAGAAUACGGAAGAGUUAUUUGUGUCAGCGCAAGCUCUGGCUGAUGUCAUUAUACCACAGGAAUAUGGUAUUACUGCCAAAGAGAAAUUAGAACUUGGUGCUGGAAUCUGUCUGCCUUUGCUUCGUAAAAUAAGAACUGAUCUGGAGAAAAAUUUGGAAGAUGAGACUGUACAUAGAUUAAAUCCUAAAUACUCACAUGGAGUGUUGUCACCUGGCAGGCAUGUCAGAACCAGACUGUAUUUCACAAGUGAAAGCCAUAUUCAUUCUUUGCUGAAUUGUUUAAGUCUAGGAGGACUUUGUGAUGAAAAUGAUGACCAAUGGAACAGAGCAAUGCAGUACCUUGCUGCAGUCAAAGAAUUGAAUUACAUGACGCAAAUAGUUAUCAUGUUGUAUGAAGAUCCCAAUAAGGACCCUGCAUCAGAUGAACGAUUUCAUGUAGAAUUACAUUUCAGUCCUGGCGCUAAGGGUUUUGAGGAUGAUGACACUACUUAUCCGACUGGAUCUGGAUUCAGACCAGCUGGCAGUAGUAAACUGAAGAUUCCAAGUGACCUGGAUACAGAUAGUUCAUCAGAUUCUUUUCAAUUGUCGGAGACUGAGGAUGGUCUCGUUGCCUUGCCUUCAUUAAGCGAUCUAGCCAGACUAAGAAUAUCAGCAAUAUCUGGUAAGAACUCUCCAGUACGUCGUUUAAAACAUGGCUUCUGUUCGGCACCGGCUACUGGGAGAUCUGGUUCAAAUAUUCUUAACGUGAUUGUUUUAAAAUCCACCAAGACACUGCCAUUGAAUUCUCGCUACUUUAUGGUGUCACUAGCCAUUGCUGAUAUUGGAGUUGGUAUUCAAACAACAUUUGCUAUACACCCAUCAAUUACUGAGUGCUGGUCGUACGGUGAUGUUGCAUGUAGGCUUACAGGUGGAUUGCAGUUUAUGUUAUGCGGUAUUUCAAUACACUCGCUCUGGGCGAUCAGCAUAGAACGCUACCUUGCCAUAAACUAUCCACUCCGUUAUCCAUUUUACGUGACGACUCACCGCUGUUACAUUUGCAUAGCCCUUAUAUGGACAGUGAACUUGGCAUGGGUGACGCUGUUGGUGAGUCGUACAGACCCAAGUCAUUACAGCUACGGGGAGGGGGUCUACGUGUGUCUACCGCAGUGUAACGAUCCAGAGUGCGCCCGGUUUAACGCCAUUGGUGCAACAGUAUUUGGCAUUAUCCCGGAAACAACCAUGAUACUUAUAUAUAGUAAGAUCAUGUACGUUUCUUGGAAGCACAACAGAAUGAUAGCCCAUCGAGAGAUAAUAACCAGCGCCCUCUCUACCAAUACCAAUGGUAUAUUAUUUCCUGAGAGAAGCAAGACUAAGAGGAAAUUUCGAUCUGCUAAACUAUCAUGUGUGGUGACUGGAGCCUUCCUGGUUGCGUGGGCUCCGUUUGUUACUUGGAGAAUGUACGCAAGUAUGUCUUCAGCGCCUGUGCCAUCAGAAAUGAAAUUUGUUUUUACAUGGUUAGCAUUUUCAAACAGUUUGUGGAAUUUUCUGAUUUACAGCGCUAUGAGCACUGCUUUCCGUAACAAUCUUUCACGAAUAAUCAUGGCGGGUUGUUUGAGAAAAACAUUUGUAGAACCAUUGAUGUCAACAAGCAUGUCUUAUGAUCCCACAUAA